AAAGCCCAAUUCAGAUCCAGCAUUGAAAUAAAUCACUUCUCAUUCAGUCUGAUGUAGAUUUCCAUCCAUUCUUAUGUAACAAGCCAUCGGUGUAAUGUAGCCUACAUAUGAACAUGCCUAAUAAGACUUUUCUUAAAAUGUAUUCAAGGCUCUUUAUUAUGAGGAACUCUUUCACAAUUUCUUAAAAGACGAUAUCGUUUUUUUAUUUAUCCGGUUCUAAAGUCAGGGAAGUAUAAGCAGGAAUAAGCAGAAAGGGUUGUUUGACGCUACGACUCAGACCUGUGAACUACGGUUUCUUCUGUUUGUUCAGGAAGUGUUGAGUCUAUAAGACUGACUGUGUGUUUGACAGUGUGUCAUUAAUAGACCAGUAUGGAGCUCAGGACACUUCCUCUAAUGUUCUUGCUGAUUUCAAACAUCCGCCCUGGACAAACUCAAGAGAGACUAAAGGCUGUAGUGAAGACAGAGCCAGGCAUACAUGAAACCGUCACUGUCAGAUGUGAAAUACCAGGAGAUGCAGACGACUGGACAUACAGCUGGUUUAGAGACGGAUCAUCUCAGCCCUUCAGCACUGACAGAGAAUUCAUCUUCGAAACUGGUGUAUCUCACAGACGCAGCAGCGUCACCUGUAGAGGAGAGAGAAGAAGUGAUGGACAGAGGUCAGAGAUCAGUGACGCGGUUACACUGACAUUAUCAUUUACAGAGACAGAGACACCUAAACCUGUUCUGACUGUUCAGCCUGAACCAUCACAGAUAUUCAGAGGAGAGACUGUCACUCUCACAUGUGACAUACAGGGGGAAGGAUGGACAUAUAGAUGGCAGUGUGAUGAUGGUAGAGGAGAGCACGACUCUAAAGAGAAAGAGUUCAAUAUCACUGCAGAGAUCACACAGAAGUGCAGGUGUAAAGGCUGUAGAGGAUCAGUCUGCUCUCACUGGAGUGAUAAAGUGACUCUGACUGUGUCGGAGAGACCUAAACCUGUUCUGACUGUUCAGCCUGAACCAUCACAGAUAUUCAGAGGAGAGACUGUCACUCUCACAUGUGACAUACAGGGGGAAGGAUGGACAUACACAUGGCAGUGUGGAGAUGAUAGAGAGCACAACUCUAAAGAGAAAGAGUUCAGGAUCACUGCAGAGAUCAGACAGAAGUGCAGGUGUAAAGGCUGUAGAGGAUCAGUCUGCUCUCACUGGAGUGAUGAAGUGACUCUGACUGUAUCAGACAAACCCAGAGUAACUGUGAAGCCCCAGAGUUCAGUGUUCACUGGAGACACAGUUACUCUGAGCUGUGACGUGAGACGCUCAACUGGACUGAGGAUUAUCUGGUACAAAGACUUCCAGAUAAUACAAUCUGGUGAUGAGACAGUAACACUGAGAGAUGUGAGAGUCUCUGAUGGAGGAGAGUACAUGUGUGGUGUACUAAGAGAAACCAACUCCGUAACACCAGGUCAAAGAGUCACGCUAACAGUAAGAGAGAGACCCAAAGCUGUAUUGCGUGUUCAGCCUGACGGACGAGUGUUCAGAGGACAGACGGUCACUCUCACAUGUGACAUACAGGAGACAGACGUCACUAGCUGGACCUACAGCUGGAAGAAAGAUGAUUCAGAGAUUCAUGUCAGUCGAUCACAGGAAUACAGAAUCAGUUCAGUUAGUGAAUCUCACACAGGUCAUUACAGCUGUAGUGGAAGAGGGACGCGAGGAUCACGACACACACACACCAGUGAUGAAGUUACACUGACGCUUUCAGGUGAGUGUGUUCAGAUCAACUUCAGAUCUCCAGGACCAUCAGGAUCUCCAGGACCAUCAGGAUCUCCAGGACCAUCAGGAUCUCCGAGAACAUCAGUUGAUGAUCAUGAAAUAAUUUGGUUGUGUUUAUGUUUUCCAGGUUCUGAAGCUCCAUUGCCAGUUACACUGAUGGCUUCAGAGAGACCCAAAGCUGUAUUGCGUGUUCAGCCUGACGGACGAGUGUUCAGAGGACAGACGGUCACUCUCACAUGUGACAUACAGGAGACAGACGUCACUAGCUGGACCUACAGCUGGAAGAAAGAUGAUUCACAGAUUCAUGUCAGUCGAUCACAGGAAUACAGAAUCAGUUCAGUUAAUGAAUCUCACACAGGUCAUUACAGCUGUAGUGGAAGAGAGACGCGAGGAUCACGACACACACACACCAGUGAUGAAGUUACACUGACGCUUUCAGGUUCAGAAGCUCCAUUGCCAGUUCUCUCAGUUCUCAAACUGCUCAGUUUUCUGCUGGCAGCUUCUCCAUAUCUGCUCGUGUCCGUCAUUAUAGGAGUCAAAUGCUACAGAGCUCAUGCUCAGUCUGAUGAGAUCAGUCAACACGCUGUAACAGAGGAGUGAAAGUCUGCUGUCCUGAUGAAUGAAUCCCAUUCUGUGUUUCUCUUUUUCAACAACUUAUAUUCAACUUAUUUUCAUAAUGUGUCUGAAUUUGACAAAAAUAAGGCUCAAAUAAACUCUGCCUGAGCUACUGCAGCUUCAUUGUAUCUCUAUUGUAUUUUUUCUUCUGUUUUUCAAUGUUCUGAAUGUUGAAGUAAAUUGUCAAAUGUUUAUCCUCAUUGUUUGCUGAAAUUAUUUUGUAAUUAAUAUGAAGCUAUCAUUUUUAUUUCAGAUUAAGUCUUUAUUUGUUUUACUAUGUCUUGAAUGUCUGCUCUUUUUUAAUAAA